AGGGGCGGAGGGGCGGGCCCGGGAGGCGGUGGAGCGCGCUGGUGCUGAUGCAGGAUGGCCGAGCGCGCAGGAGCCCGGGAGGUCUGAGCCGGGCGAGGCUCGCUCCGCGCGCAUCGCCUCGUCCGCCGGCCGCGUGGUCGCAGGCAGGUGGGCUCGGGGCGCAGCGCAGGGCCGGGGCAGGACCAGGGAAGGUAGGUCUGCAGCUCGCGGGGCCGAAUGCUGAUAGACUGCCCACCUACCCAGUCUCGCAGCGGCCAGAGCUGCCCAUCCGCAGAGUUCGCCAUGACCUGCUGAGAAGCUUCGUCGGAGGCUGCAGGAGGCGGCCUCGCUGCGGGCGGUGCUGUUCGCGGCCUCCUCCCUGGUCUUGCUGACUCCCGGCCCCCCAACCCCUCCCCGCACCCCCUCCUUGCGGCCGGCGGAGAUGGCGGAUCCAGCUGAAUGCAGCAUCAAGGUGAUGUGCCGGUUCCGGCCCCUCAACGAAGCGGAGAUCCUCCGCGGGGACAAAUUCAUCCCUAAAUUUAAAGGCGACGAGACCGUGGUAAUCGGGCAAGGGAAGCCAUAUGUCUUCGACAGAGUGCUGCCUCCCAGCACGACCCAGGAGCAGGUUUACAAUGCGUGUGCAAAGCAAAUUGUCAAAGAUGUCCUUGAAGGUUACAAUGGGACGAUUUUUGCAUAUGGACAGACUUCAUCAGGAAAAACACACACCAUGGAGGGGAAGCUGCAUGACCCUCAACUCAUGGGGAUCAUCCCAAGGAUUGCACAUGACAUCUUUGACCAUAUCUAUUCCAUGGAUGAAAACCUGGAGUUUCACAUCAAGGUUUCCUAUUUUGAGAUCUACUUGGACAAAAUCAGGGACUUACUCGAUGUAUCCAAGACAAAUUUGGCCGUUCAUGAAGAUAAAAACAGAGUUCCGUAUGUAAAGGGGUGCACCGAGCGGUUUGUGUCCAGCCCCGAGGAAGUCAUGGAUGUGAUUGAUGAAGGCAAGGCAAACCGACACGUGGCUGUAACAAACAUGAAUGAGCACAGCUCUAGGAGUCACAGUAUCUUCCUGAUUAAUAUUAAACAAGAGAAUGUAGAGACGGAAAAAAAACUCAGUGGGAAGCUUUAUCUAGUUGAUUUGGCUGGGAGCGAAAAGGUCAGCAAAACUGGUGCCGAGGGAGCUGUUCUCGACGAAGCUAAAAAUAUCAAUAAGUCUUUGUCUGCUCUUGGAAACGUGAUCUCUGCCUUGGCAGAAGGGACAAAAACACACGUGCCAUACCGGGACAGCAAGAUGACCCGGAUCCUUCAGGACUCCCUGGGUGGGAACUGUAGAACUACCAUCGUCAUUUGCUGUUCUCCCUCUGUCUUCAAUGAAGCCGAGACUAAGUCAACGCUGAUGUUUGGACAGAGGGCUAAGACCAUCAAAAAUACAGUCUCUGUGAACCUGGAACUGACAGCAGAAGAAUGGAAGAAGAAAUACGAAAAAGAGAAGGAGAAAAACAAGACUUUGAAGAAUGUUAUCCAGCAUCUGGAGAUGGAGCUGAACAGAUGGAGAAAUGGAGAAGCCGUGCCUGAGGAUGAACAGAUCAGCGCGAAGGACCAGAAGACACUGGAGCCCUGUGAUAACACCCCCAUCAUCGACAACAUUGUUCCUGCCGUCUCCGGCAUCUCUGUCGAAGAGAAAGAGAAGUACGAGGAGGACAUCUCCAGCCUCUACAGACAGCUGGAUGACAAGGAUGAUGAAAUUAACCAGCAGAGCCAGCUGGCUGAAAAGCUGAAACAACAGAUGUUGGAUCAGGAUGAGCUUUUAGCAUCCACAAGAAGAGACUAUGAGAAGAUCCAAGAGGAGCUGACACGUCUCCAGAUUGAAAACGAGGCAGCCAAAGAUGAAGUGAAAGAAGUUCUCCAGGCCCUGGAGGAGCUGGCUGUCAAUUAUGACCAGAAGUCACAGGAAGUAGAGGAUAAAACCAGGGCCAAUGAGCAGCUGACAGAUGAGCUGGCCCAGAAAACGUUGGCAGACGUGAAUGGAGUCAUCGAAGAGGAGUUCACCAUGGCCCGUCUGUACAUCAGCAAGAUGAAGUCAGAGGUCAAGUCCCUUGUGAACCGCAGCAAGCAGCUUGAGAACGCCCAGAUGGAUUCCAACAGGAAGAUGAAUGCCAGUGAGCGGGAGCUGGCAGCAUGCCAGCUGCUCAUAUCCCAGCAUGAAGCCAAGAUCAAGUCCCUGACAGACUACAUGCAGAACAUGGAACAGAAGAGGAGGCAGUUGGAAGAGUCCCAAGACUCGCUCAGUGAAGAGCUGGCCAAGCUCCGAGCCCAAGAAAAAAUGCACGAAGUCAGCUUCCAGGAUAAGGAAAAGGAACAUCUCACGCGGCUGCAGGAUGCUGAGGAAAUGAAGAAGGCGCUGGAGCAGCAGAUGGAGAGCCACCGGGAGGCUCACCAGAAGCAGCUGUCCAGACUUCGAGAUGAAAUUGAGGAGAAGCAGAAAAUCAUUGAUGAAAUUCGGGAUUUGAAUCAGAAACUGCAGCUGGAACAAGAGAAGCUCAGCUCUGAUUAUAACAAGCUGAAAAUCGAGGACCAAGAGAGAGAAAUGAAACUGGAAAAGCUCCUAUUGCUCAAUGACAAACGGGAACAAGCCAGGGAGGACCUCAAAGGGCUGGAAGAGACAGUGUCUCGAGAACUGCAGACCCUGCAUAACCUCCGUAAACUCUUCGUCCAGGAUCUGACCGCCCGGGUUAAAAAAAGCGUAGAGCUGGACAGCGAUGACGGAGGGGGCAGUGCUGCCCAGAAGCAGAAAAUUUCCUUCCUGGAGAAUAACUUGGAGCAGCUCACUAAGGUUCACAAACAGCUGGUCCGGGACAACGCAGACCUGCGCUGUGAGCUGCCCAAGCUGGAGAAGCGGCUGCGUGCCACGGCGGAGCGCGUCAAGGCCCUGGAGAGCGCGCUGAAGGAGGCCAAGGAGAACGCCAUGCGGGACCGCAAGCGCUACCAGCAGGAGGUGGAUCGCAUCAAGGAGGCCGUGCGGGCCAAGAACAUGGCCAGGAGGGCCCACUCGGCCCAGAUUGCCAAGCCCAUCCGCCCUGGACACUACCCAGCAUCAUCUCCAACGGCCGUACACGCCAUUCGAGGGGGAGGAGGCGGCUCCUCAAACUCCACUCACUCCCAGAAAUAAAUAUGAAACCUGACUCUCCAUGUAGCAUGUCAAGGAAGACAUUAAUCACCAAUUCCUUUAUUUUCCCCCCCCUCCUACACAACUCCCAUUUUCUUUUACACUUGCUUACCCCAGCCAUCUGCAGUAUACCAGUUUCAGGUAUUCGAGCUGUGUAGAAUUUCUGUGUACAGAUGUUGUGCUUGGACUUUUCUCUUCCUGAGAAAUCUGAAGCGGAUGAUUACAGAGGCUCCACUUACUCCUGGAAACCAUUGCUGCGGCCUCGGCCUCGGGGCCUUUGAUGGUCUCUAGGAGCCUCCUUUCUCGGCAUUGUCCCAGCAAACACCCUCAUGUGCCAUGGUCACGACGCUCUGCUGCAACUGUCUGGUUUCCUGUAAAAUAAACACAUUACUUUAUAUUUUUAGGGAACAAAAAAAAGUGCUGCUUAUCGGGUUCAAAAUUUUCAUUCUGAACACUUUUCCGAAACAAAUUACUCCAAGGAAGCAUUUUGAAUACCCUGGUCACAUCUUUGGAUCUGUAAAAUACACCUUUUAGUAUGGCACCCGUUAAAAUGCAAAGCAAAUUUCUUCAAGGCAGAAAAACAAUCUUGACAGCAGCAGUGUAGAAUUUGUUCAUUCAAAUACAUCUGUGUAAAUGCGAAAAGUCAUAAAAUUCACCUUUGGGCUGCUUGCUAUUGAACCUGCAGCAACUCGUCUCAGCCAGCCCAUCAUUCCUUCAGAAGUGUUGAAAAUGCUACACAGUUGGGUGAGUGGAAAUGGGCCUGCCCCCCUCCUCCCUGAUCCUAUUGGAGCUGAAAUUGGGAUGGCCUCUUUCACUAGGGAACCAACCAUCUUAAGCCUUGAGGGGGUAUUGCUGCCAAAAUCCAGGAUCAUUCCAGUGGUUGAAAGAGGAAGAAGCCCUGGGAAGAAAAUAAUUGAGAAAUUUUUUGUGCUUAUGAAUAAGUUGUUAUUUUAACCCAUCAUUGCUGAGUUCUCUCUGGCAUCAAAUAGAUAGGUUUCAUCUUCUUAGAAUUAGAAGAAAUCAGAAUGGAUGGAUUUUUUUUUUAAAUAUUCAGCUCUAUGGUAUUCAAAUACAUGAAUCUAAAGCUGAAUCAACUCUUACUUCCAGUUGUGAAUAUUAAAAUGACGGAUUUCCAAGUAGUCAAGUUUUCAGGGAAACUGACAAGGAUUCAAUUAAAUUGGUCUUCUGUGCUGCUACUGUUGUGACAAAUUUGAGGGUAAGUCAAUGACAACCAAACCAAUCUCGGUGAAAAGCACCCAUCCUGUCGUGCUUGCCCAAGAUGAGUGAGCCGGCACUGUCCCUGCUGCUGUCACCACUAGAAUGAAAUGUAUGCCAGAGGAGAUAGUGGGCUUUCUGGUGGCUGUGUGGGUGGAAGAUAGUUCUGUGUGUGUGUGUACAUGUGUGUGUGUGUAUAAGAGAGAAAGAGAUGAUAAAUCACUAAGGACUGUGAAUUGACUUCCAAACUCUUGUAUAAAAUUCCCUAACAAAGCAAAGCUGCUUUGACUUAAUUUAUUUAUUAAAUGUUGCACUUUUUUUAUGUGUGUUUUUUUGGGGGUGGAGUAAGAGAGAAGAGGAUGAAUUCCACUGAUGAAUUAUUUAUUUGCUAAAGAUGACAAUUUUGCAUUCAUUUGCAUUUUAAAAAAUCUUCUGUUUGAUUUUAUGUUGUUGCCAGUAAAAUAUAAUAGCUCGAUCGCUAUUUGCAGUCUGAUAGAAGGGUGCUUGUAGGGCAGGUUUUGCAAACCAUUAGGUGAUAACAUGCCAUAGAUUAUAACCUUAUAUCAUAUUUUCAAAGCUAAAACAUUGGUCUUUGAGAGGAUUGCCAAUUAAUAAUUGUUAUGCCACUACUGUCUUAGCAACUGUAUUACUUUGUGUUUGGUAAUUGAACAAAGGUCAGUAAUUUCUUUUUGGUUCUCUUGUUAAUAGAUUAUUUUAGAUUUUUUUCCAAAGAAAUUUUUCCCUGGGUACCCCUUUUCUACUUCUAAAGAAUUGCUUGGUCCUUUCAUGUUUCAAAAAGAAACAUUUACUUGUAGUUCUUUCCAUAUUUCUUGAUCUCUACAAGGGACUCACAAAAUUCACUUUACUUUUAUUCACAGAGAAAGUUGGCUUUGAUGUCGCUUAAAGAUAAUUCUGCUAGUUGCUGAUCAGCCAGUCAGUUCACCUAGCUUUGAUCUUUAUAGGACCUCUAAACUAAUUUUCCUACGCUGUGAUUAAUACUUAGGUAGAUUAUUGGAAUGGAUUUUAUAGUAUAUUCAAACGGAUCCCUAAAUAUUACUUUGUAUAAUAAGCUGAUAUCAGGACCAUAUACUCUAUAGGCCACUUACUUUAAAAAGCCACAUUUAUGUAAUUUUUAUGUUUUUAGACUAUUGCUCCUUUACAUUUGGACUCUAAACAUAAAAACCACACUUCUGAAUGGCCGAGCCUAUGGAUAUAUUUUUGAUUGUAUGCUGCUUUUUGCUUGUGUGUGUGUGUGUGUGUGUGUGUGUGUGUGUGUGUGUGCAUUUCUCUAUGAAUAAUUUUAUAUGUCAUGCUACUUUUUGAAAGUUUACUCUUUGAUUUUAUAAGGGAACACCAGAUAGUUUAUACAGAUAAUCUACCUGCAGGAGAAUGGAUUGUUAAUUAGAGGAAUGCUGUUUGGGAUAUCAAGAUUUAUGGUUGGAGACUGAAAUAAUAUAUAUGUUUAGGCCUGUUACUAGAAACUUCUGUACAAAUGCAUCAUCUCUAAAAAACAAAAAACAAAAAACAUUUUGUUGAAUGGCAGGUAGUAGGGAGAACAAUAAGCGAGGAUUAAGACUUGAAAGAGUAUCAUAUGAUUAAGAAAAUUAGAAUUUAUAGAUGUAUUGGGAUAAAUGAAGAAAUAAAAGUGUCUGUCUAGAAUGUAGCAUCUAGUGUAUUUUGAAGCCCUAAAUGCACAUAAGGAUGUGAUAUGCCUGUCCAAAGCCAGACAAGCCAUCACCAGGACUCACGGAGGACUUGUCAGGUCUUCUUUCCUUCAGGAACAAUGGAAAGCAAAUAAAAGCUCUUCGCAGUCCCCUCUUUGAAGUGCAUUUUUUUAGCAGGGCAGAAGACAUUUGGACUCUGGCUGAAGGAUAUAUUGGGGAAGGUUUUUACUGGCAGGGGUCAGGGGAAGGAUUUUACUUCACUGCAUUGUCUCACCUUUGAGCAAGUUGAAGGAACCAUCAUAGUCUACAGUGGCUUCAUUUAACACUACAAUUUAGACUUUUAAAAAUAUGGAACAAGGGCCUGGUCAUUGCCGAAGGAAGCACCGCUCCACGAAGCCUGCUUACACAUUCACAAAUUGUGUAUCAGUUUUAAAUACUUUUCAUUGUGUGCAGCUGUAAGGGGAAUAGGGCACUCUGUAGAAUUAUUCAUGUCUAGUUUGUAAAGUAUGUAGUGUGUACUGCAGAUGUGUAUUCUCUGGGCUUUAUGUAUCUGUACAGUAGCUUUCAUUAAAAAAUUGUGGACACUUGUUUUGGUGGUUUGAAGGGGAGAAUGGCAGUUUAUAUCAAGUAAUGAUGCUGUAAUAUAGUACAUACAAUAAAAUAUCUGAAAGUAACCCUCCUUGGCCCAUGGGAAAUUUGGUUAUCUUCUAGGUUCUAAAACGAAGACGUAUGGAUACUCUGGCAGACUGCAUGUUGUAUAAUUCGAAAAAUACUAAAAGUGGAAAAUAAAAUUGAACUAAACUUUG